AUGAGAAUGAAAACCGGACCACAACCACUACCAAUCUCCCACGCCCAUCAUGCUCCACCACCUCAUAUCCGCGCCUUACACAAAGCGCACCAAAGAUCACCCCUAACGGUGCCUACAGUCCUGGACUUUGAAAACCUCCCUCUGAGCUCCCCGUCCUCCUUUUCCCCCGUCGCAAACUCAACAAUCAGCGCCUCCGUCGCAUCAACCGCAUUCUCCGCAUUCAGCGAUGGGCGCGAAGACACGGUGAACGUCGAGUCCGACAUACCCGUUUACAAUGUUUCCUCGGUCCCUGGACUACGGGUAAUACCCAACUUACUCCCUCCGUCGGUGCAAAAGACCCUGCUGCGAAAACUGCUGUUCCGCGAUCUCUCCGACCCGCGGCACAAAACAAACCUGCACGCACACUACAACUUACCUCCCCCGCCACCCGACAUAGGUUCGUAUUUCGAGUCACCCCCGGGGACUACCUUCCAGGCGCUCAACACCGACGGACGAGACUUACCCAUUGACCGCAUGCUCGAUAAAAAACUCCGAUGGGUGACUCUCGGUGGUCAAUACGAUUGGUCAAAAUUGUCCCGAUGCGAUAUUGAGAAGCCCCUGGUAUCUCACCGGGGGAUACACUGGCGCCUCAUCGGGAUUGUUUCGUUGGGCUGCGAGGCGCUUUUCAUCGCAGGGGUUGGAGAGGGAGAGGGGGUUGUGAUUAGGGUGAGGAGUGGGGAUGCGAUCGUAAUGAGCGGAGAAGCGAGGUGGGCGUGGCAUUCUGUGCCCACGAUUGCUAGUGGGACGUGUCCUGAUUGGUUGCAGGAGUGGCCGGAGGAGAGGAGGGGAUGGAUGAAGGGGAAAAGGGUCAAUCUGAAUGUGAGACAGAUGUGGGAUUAGCUGUGAGGGGUAUGAAGUGUUUUGCGAGCGAGAAUGAUGUAUGAUCGCCUAAGCGCAGAACACCACUAUAUGAUGUCAGGGGUUUGGGAGGUUGUGGUAUCAUAGUCCGAAUCCACCAUGACAUCGGACCGGGUUCUGCAUACUCGGCAAUUAGCUAGUGGUUUAAAGUUUCUCCACAACCAAAACCCGAAUUAGAUAAUUUGACCAAGUGCUACAAUGCGAAUACUAGAUAAGCAUUUAAUAC